AGAGAUGGCCGAGCAAUGGGUUUCCACCGGAAAGCGAUUUUGUGAUAUUUGCAAGGUGUGGUUCGGCAACAACCGAGCAUCACAAGACCACCAUGACCGUGGAGAACGUCACAAGGCAAUGCUCCAACAAAGAAUCCGUGAAACAAUGCAAAAAGGCAAAAAACAGGAGCUCGCCGACAUGAAGCUCAACGGAACUCUGGCGAAAAUGGAGGCAGCCGCCGCGGCGUCUAUGGCUCGAAACGGAGAGGCAAUCGUUGCGGGACCCAGUUUACCUGCUACAGGCCUUCGAAUGAACAUUUUCGAUCCAUCAAAGCAUAAAGAUGUGGGAAGUAUGGCGAAAGAGAUGUCGUCGAGGCGAGAAGCCGCUGGAAAUGUGAAAAGAGGGGCUCAAAGUGCCGCCGUAGGAGCUCCAAAUGUGAAAAUCACCAAGGAUGAUGUGGUUUCUGCGUACAGAGAUUUAACAAAUCCAAAUGCAGCAGGUCCAGCUCUCCCGGAGCAUCUCGCCGUUGGUUAUAUGCCUGAAACUCAAGUACAAUGUGUUGAAAUUCAAUGGGUUCGAGCAAAAAAUCCCUCGGCUCCUCCAGGCCAUUAUUAUUGGAAUUUAUUCGAUAAUUCGACACGUUGGACAGCUCCGGCUCAUUUUUAUACGGAGCAACAGUAUGAGCAAAAAUGUGCAGAAUUUGAAGAGCAGAGAACGAAAAAUUAUUAUGGAAUGGAUGAAGUUCAGGCUGUUCGAAGUGGAAAAACCGACGUAGAAUCAUACAUAAAAGCUCAAAUCUCAAAAAGUGGGCUCUCGGAGCAAGUAGAAGCCAACCGGAAAGAGCAGAAUUAUGUGGAUAAACCAAAUAAUAAAUUCAAAAAAUUGACAAAAGAGGAGAAAAAAGCACAGUGGGAAGAGAGACGCAGACAAAAAGACACCGAGAGAGCAGAGGAUGAGGAGAGACGCAGAGAGGCAGAAGAAGACGAAGAUGUUUCAGAUGAAGAAAGUGAUGAAGAUGAAGAGGAAUUUGAGAUUAUUGGAACACCAGAACGUGAAGCCCUGGUGCUCCGCGAGCACUCAUCAACUCCGCCUCCCGAGGAGCUCCAAGAGCAGCUUGAAGAGCCCCCAAAAAUCCCAGAAAUUGGGCUCAUUGAGCCCCCAAAACCAUCAAUUCCAACAACACCUGGAGCACCAUUUGGAGCAUGGCAACGUGUCGAAAAAAGUGAAAAAACGACGGAAAUAUUCGAAUCUCCACUAACUGCACGAUUCCGUGAAGAAGAAGAAGAACGGAAGGAGGAAGAAGAGAAAAAGAGACAAGAAGAACCGAAAUUUGAAUUUGGAGAAAAAACUGCCAGUGUUAUGACGAAAAAGGUAAAAGGACCGAUCGAAUUCAAGAAAAAGACAGCAAAUCGGAAUAUUCGAAAACGAGAGGAAUAAUUUAAUUUUUUUUUUCUUGUCACUUAUUCCCUGUAAUAUCUGAAUACAUUAUUGAUUUUUCG